ACGAAACAUUAUACUUUCGCGCUAAAACGUGGAGCUUAUUUUAAAAAUGUGUUUGUAAACAAUUAACACACUAAAAACAAGCAAAUCUGAUAAGAAAGGCUCAAUAGAUUGCCAGUGAUUGUGUGUGUAUAACCGCGAGUCGUGCGCAGCAAUAGCUUUUAGGUGGUAACGGGGCAGAAGAAGAAGUCGGAAGUGGUUUCUUAGCCGCGUGGUCGGAAAUCUGCAGUAGACAAACUUGCGAAAAAAAAAACAAACGACAAACAAAAUGAAAUACAUUUUGGUUACCGGUGGUGUUAUUAGUGGUGUUGGCAAAGGUGUCAUUGCGUCUUCAUUUGGCACAUUGCUCAAGUCCUGUGGCCUGCAUGUCACAUCAAUUAAAAUUGAUCCCUACAUAAAUAUAGACGCUGGUACCUUUUCACCAUACGAACAUGGCGAGGUCUACGUUUUGGAUGAUGGUGCCGAGGUCGAUCUGGACUUGGGUAACUACGAGCGCUUCCUGGACAUCACACUACAUCGUGAUAAUAACAUAACCACUGGAAAAAUCUACAGGCUUGUCAUUGACAAGGAGCGAAAGGGCGACUAUCUGGGCAAGACAGUGCAAGUUGUGCCACAUAUAACUGAUGCCAUACAGGAAUGGGUAGAGGGCGUAGCUCAAACCCCAGUGCAAGGCACAUCCAAGCCACAAGUUUGCAUUAUAGAGUUAGGUGGCACGAUUGGCGAUAUUGAGGGCAUGCCCUUCGUGGAGGCCUUUCGACAGUUUCAGUUUCGCGUAAAACGCGAGAAUUUCGCCUUGGCGCACGUGUCGCUGGUGCCACUGCCCAAGGCGACGGGUGAGCCCAAGACAAAGCCCACACAGAGCUCAGUGCGGGAGCUGCGUGGCUGUGGCCUGAGUCCAGAUUUGAUAGUCUGCAGGUCGGAGAAGCCCAUCGGUCUGGAGGUCAAGGAGAAGAUUAGUAAUUUCUGUCAUGUUGAGCCGGCUCAGGUGAUUUGCAUACAUGAUCUUAACUCCAUCUACCAUGUGCCGUUGCUAAUGGAACAGAAUGGAGUUAUAGAGUAUCUAAAUGACCGACUACAGCUCAACAUAGACAUGACCAAGCGUGCCAAAUGCCUGCAGCAUUGGCGAGAUCUGGCACGACGCACUGAGACCGUGCGACGCGAAAUCAAAAUAGCAAUUGUGGGCAAGUACACCAAGUUCACGGACUCGUAUGCCUCUGUGGUCAAGGCGAUCCAACAUGCUGCGCUCGCUGUGAAUCGCAAGCCGAACAUCAUCUUUAUUGAAUCCUGUUUGCUGGAGCAGGAGACGUUGCUGCGCGAGCCUUCCAACUACCACAAGGAAUGGCAGAAGAUAUGCGAGAGCGAUGGCAUACUUGUGCCAGGUGGAUUCGGCUCGCGCGGCAUGGAGGGCAAGAUACGCGCCUGUCAGUGGGCGCGUGAGAACAAUAAACCCUAUUUGGGCAUCUGUCUGGGUUUGCAGGCGGCAGUUAUUGAGUUUGCCCGCAAUAAGCUGAAUUUGCCGGAUGUCAACAGCACUGAGAUAAAAGCGGAUGCAGCCAAUCCACUGGUAAUUGACAUGCCGGAACAUCACCAAGGUCAAAUGGGCGGCACCAUGCGCUUGGGCAAGCGCACUACAGUCUUUACUGAUAAGACAAGCGUUAUAAGGCAGCUCUAUGGCAAUCCAAAGACAGUGGAGGAGCGUCAUAGGCAUCGUUAUGAGGUGAAUCCGAAAUACGUUUCGCAACUGGAGGAGCACGGCAUGAUCUUCGUUGGCACAGAUGUGGACAAGACACGCAUGGAGAUAAUAGAGCUGCGUAACCAUCCCUACUUUGUGGCCACACAGUAUCAUCCGGAGUACUUGUCGCGACCGCUGAAGCCGUCGCCACCUUUCCUAGGCCUAAUCCUUGCCGCUGAGGGCAGACUACAGCAAUAUAUAGACAAAGGCUGUCGCCUUUCCCCUCGUCAGCUAUCUGAUGCCUCAUCCGAUGAGGAGGAAACUAUUUGUAUCAAAAUGGAAAAGCUUAAAACUCUCGAUAGUCACAAGAAGCCCAUGAAUGGUUUAACCAAUGGCAAUGGCUGCUCCGCUAGCGAUAGCACUUCGGAUAGUGAGCUGGCUGGCGCUUGUGGUGGCUCCAAUGCAGCCGGCGAUGCCGCUGCUUAAUUAAUUAUGUUGUUUAACCUUAUUCAUAUUCUUCUCAAACUAUUUUUAGGCAUACUCCAUUUAUAAUAUGGAUACUUUUUUGCAGUUUUGCUUUACUUUUGA